CCACCCAGCCUCCCAAUCAGGGAGCCAGGCAUGACAAGGAGAUACACCACUGCGCAGAGUUCAGGACAGUAGGCUUCAGGGAAGCAGGGAGUUGCAGCAAGGUCCUGUGUCUCGCUGAAAUACUCUGGCCAUGUGUGCUUUUCUUGAUCUUGGCUGCAAUCCGCUUCCAGGAGCCUCCAAAAUACAAGGAAAACUGUUACUUGGAAGCUCGGGAUUUACCAAGUGGGGGCCUUUAUCCUUUCAUGCGGACCCUUUUCUGUAACAUUGGUUCAAAAUGUAAAAAUACUAGUUAUGCAACACAGAAAAACAACCACUUACGUAUUGCAGGCAUCCAGACUGGUCCAGAGAGGUUCAUAGGACCUGAUCUAGACUUCAUGAAAGAGAUAGAGGAACUUGCAGAGGGGUUUAUUGAGACCACAGAGAAAGCCAUGGCUUUAGAAAAGCUAUGGGAAGAAAACUCAAAGUUCUCAGGGCUCCAUAACAUCACCACCUUUCUCAAUAUGGAUUUGAAUGAAGCAGAGGAAAUGAUUUCUAGAGCAGAAAACCUGUACAAGCAACCAUAUUUAUGGAACCUUCUGCAUUCACUCCCUCACCUUGAAUUGAACAGCUUUUAUACAGAAGAUGAGUUAGCUGCUGUAACAGAGUUUCUAAAAGCUAUUCAAAAUACCUUAGCAUCAUUGAAGGAUUUAGCUAUGAUGUCAUUGGGCCAAAGUUUCUAUGAAGUGGUGAAAACAGCACUGAAUUUAACUGCUGCAACAGUACAGGAUAGGAGCUUAACAGGUUUUCACUAUAAUCUUUCUCUCUGGAAUAUUUUGUGGAAUCCACAUGCAGUAAGAACAGAACUUGAAUCCAGGUUUGGUGUUGAUGAUCUUCACAUUGAGAAGUUGCUAAGUUAUACAGCACAAUUAAGAAAGAUUCCCACAGGAGAGACACUGGAGCAGUUUGUGUGCUCUGCUCUGUCCAGAGUGCCUGAAGAUGAAGCAAACAAAGAGAAUAAUGAAGACGACUGUAUUUCUGCAUGGCAUGAGGCCAAAAUAUAUCUUGUUCAUGCUGUCAGCAAGCUCAGACUCUAUGCACAGGUAUUUGAGCAAUGGUUCAGCAGCAACAGGCUCUCUCAGAAACUCUUUUUGGAACUUGAAAGACUGAUAGAUGAUUUAAUGUCUCAGUUUCUAGAUGACGGGAAAGUCAGGAAACUUUUUGCAGAGAUAAGUACCCUGAUCCAGCAAUGGAGUGAGAAAUCAGAUGCGUACUUUUCAGAAGGAUAUACUGCAUCUCAUAAUCUAAUCCUGCAUCUGGAGAGAAUGCAGUCUGUACUUCAGGAUGUACCUCAAUGGCCUGUUUCGAAGAGAUUGCUUCUGGUAAAUGGAGCCAUAAGGAAUGUAAUAGCACAGUAUUUAUACUUCACUGAAGAUGCUUUACAUAGCCUGGAAAAGCUGAUUCCCUUUGCCCAGAGAGGUGGAUUCAUUCAUCUUGACAUCAGAAAGCUCUUUGUGGAGCUAAAACAGAUGUUGAUGAGCAGUGCUUCCUAUGUUUGCAAUGACCUGCUUACAAUGUUUGAGAAGACCCUAAGACUUCCGCAGGGCUCGGAUGGCAUUGACAUUUUAGCAAUAUACAUGUGCCCUGGCAAUGGCUCAGAGGUGACCUUUAAGCUAAGUAACCAGCUCCAGUCACUAAAAGAAUCUGUCCUGCUUCUGCAGAAAGUAACCCAGGGACAACAGAGCCUACCAGAUCCAAUAAUGGAUGACUAUUUGGGAUGGCAAGAAAUAAAAGAACAGCUAACCAAAAAUUAUGCUCAUUACUGUGAAAUUAAUCAAUUGCUGAGCACAGAAGCACCAUCUGAGGAGGAUGUCCAUUUCAGCUCUUGUCAGGAACAGCUGCUCUUCUCACUAAUUAAUAAUACACUUGAAGAAAUUUUGUUUGCUUUUGAAGGUAACCCAUACUGGAAGGAUUUAACAACUUUUGCCAGUUGGAUGUGCAAGGUAGCUCAAUAUAUGAAUGAAGAAGCAGCAGGCACCAAGGGAGGUCAGUCAGAUGGGCUAGAAGCAUCUCUAUGUUCUAGACAAAAGCUCAGUUUGGAGACCAUCCUAGGUCAUUAUUUAGCAUUUCUGCAAAACCUACCAGAUUAUUCUUCAUUUAUUUCCUGGGCACGGAUUUUGACAUCUUUCAAAGAGUUCUUGAAGAGAGAAGAAAACUUAACUAUUUCUGGUGAAAAGGACAUGGAUCAUCUUUUUCAUCUGGUAGAAGUCAUAGAAGAAAUUAUAAUGCUUGAUUUCUCAGCUUCUUCAAACCAGUCUCUAAUCAAAAAUGUCUUGAAUAAUACAAUUACAUGGAUGAAAACUUUUGCUGAGGGGAAGGAAUCUGCAGUUUCUGAACUCCUUAAUGAGCUACGAGAAAAUUUCCAGCCUCUUCAGCGAUUCUGGAUGAAAGAGAAGACAGAAGUUUUCUGGCAUAUGAUGAAAGCUGAAUUCUAUGAACUUGAUUCUAGGCUCUCUCAUUUGAGGCAAGUGGAAGAGGAGGAAGUAUUAGAGGCCUUAUCUAGAAUUGUGUUUUCCAUUACAGAAAAUAAAAUCCAUAAUAGAAGUAUACUAUUGCUCCAAAAUAUCCUGACUGAUUGGCCAGGGUUAAAUACUGCUGCUUUGAACCAUCAAACACACUUACAUGAAAACUUCCUAAGGAAUCUCUAUGAAGUUGGACUGCUGACUGAUGAUCAUGUCAAUGUGUCUUUCAGCAGAACUCAUGGAGUUAGUAAUGCCUCUUCUUUAUUGCUCUCAAAUGCAACUUUUAUACGUAAAGUACAAGAAUUAGGAGAAACUGUGCAUGAUUUCUUCAAAACCAUCCAAAAACUAAACAGCACUAGUGUGGCCUCACUUGUUCCAAUACUUUUCUCUCUGUAUCAGAAUGAUGAUCUGGUCUUAAAUAUUGAAAGCAUUAGCACUCUGUUAACAGUUCUUUAUGAGACUUCGAAAGAUAUUUCAUCUUUUCAAGUAUGGCAUGAUUUCCAAGAUAGGGAUCAAGUUUUCGAAUUGCUGUCUGAAACUUUUGAUGUUCUCUGGAACUUCACCAGUAAGUCUCUCUGUGAAAAGUUACUAAACAUUUACAGCUACACAGAGUUUCAGGCCCAGUCUCUUGCAGAGAAAGGAAAAAAAGAUAUGCAUGUUGUCUAUAGCACUCUGAGCAGCCUUAAAACUUUGUUUAUAGAUGAAGAGCUCCAAAUAGAUGCCUUUUGUUAUUUGGAACAGUUUCUUGAUAUCUCCCCAGAAUGCCUGUCACAUAAUGUGUGCACUGAUUUUUAUCUAUCAAACAUUACUUCUGAUGAUCAUUCAGCAGAGAUUUACAGCUUACUUCUGCUUUCAUUGGACAGUGUUCUGUCUAAUAUUACAAACUUGGGAGAUAAGGUGAGUGUGCCUUCUGCUUUGCACUGCACUUUCACAUGGCUUCAGACCUGGACAGAGGUUUUUGAAGAAGCAUCCAAAAUCUUAAAUUUGAAUUCAACCUUUUUUGUCUGUCUAAGAAAUGAUUUGGCAAAUCUCUCUGAAAGUCUUUUAAAUGCAGCUCAUGAUGAACUGUGCAAUAGUACAGCUAUGGUUAUUGUUGAAACUACAAGAGCAGCAAUGAAUAUAUUAAAGAUAAUAUUUGAAGGAGGUGGCGAUUUAAAUGACUGGAAAGAUUUUGAAACUUUCCUUGCCAGUCUUCAAAAUGUAUUUAAUGAUGCAGUUGAUGUCACAAGCUCACUUAAAGGUAACAGUUUAGAAAGUGUUUUAGAAAUGAUGGGAGUCACGAUAACUGAGUUGCAGAAAUCUGUACUAAAGGUUGUUAAUGGAGAGAUUUUGAACUCUUGGUUUGAUACUUUAAUCUCAGAGGGAUCAGGAGGAUCUGAGGGAGAAGAUAAGGGUGCUGGUGUAUUUUCCAUUGGAAAUUCCCUUUCCACUAUUCUCAAACUUUCCCAAAAGGAACUUGGAAUUAUUCUCGCUGAGAUAAAAGACACAUCUGCUUUCUUUAAAAGUGUACUUAAAGGAAAAUAUAUGGUCUGUAUCAGCGUUUUCCAGAAUAUUACCAAACUAAUUUUGGACAAUACUCUGAAAGACAUAAGCCAUUUGCAAACAAAUUUUUCAUCUCAUCUCAAUUCCUUACUAAACUUUUAUAGUACAGUGGAUGAAGCAGAGGAUUGUAACAGAUGGAUAGAUGGAUUCCGUAAUCUCAGUGAAAAACACAAAUCGCCUUCCCACCUUGACCGUGCAAAACAUAUUUUAUUUCUGCUGAAAUCUCUGGGAAACCCUGAGACAGAUACUAAGCUAACAAACAUGAUGGACAUUGUUAAUUUGAUUUUUAAUUUGAUAUUCCCUGAAUGUUCCCUGACUGGUUCUGAUGUGAUUUGUCUAAAUGUUUAUUUCAAUAUUACAGCAAAAACUUUAAAAAAUAUUCUCCCUGAAUUUUAUGUAAAAGAUUACAUUAGUAUGCUUGAAUUUAUUUUUAUGCUUGUAAGUAACUCUGGAGGGCAGAUGGCUGUCAAUGAUUUAGUGGAGCACUCGUGGUAUAUAUCAAAUAAGACCCAUUUUAUUCAGUCAAUUCAUGGAUUUAACAGGACUUCAAGGAUGUUCCCUAAUCCUUUUCACCAUGAUCAGCUUUUAUCAGUAGAACUUUUGGCAGAAAUUCAAACUCUUCUGAAAGAUAAAACUUCUGAAGUCCAAGAAAACAGCUCCUCUCAUUUAGGUAUUGAGAUUGAACCUUUCAUGCUUAAGAAAAAUACAAUUUUGUUGAUGGAGUUCUUUCAAUAUAUGAUUAGUAAACUUGACUCAAACUUAAAGGAUGAACACAAAACAUUUCUCCAGGAACUGGUAGAGACAGCAGCUCUAAAUAUUGAGCUGGUAAAUAAGGCAUUUAAAAUUUUCAAGUCAUCUAGUUUUACUGGCUUUCCAUUAAGAGAUGAUAAAGAGUUUCUAAAGCACAUGGUAGCCUUGGUGCAAAACAUGAAGAACAUGGAUGUUGAGUUCUUGAUAAGUCAAUUCAAACAAGUCCAGAGGAGCCUGAAUAACUUCUUUAAAAAUAUCAAACCUUUGUAUGUUGAGAACUCUGAGCUAAGAAUGUUAACAGACUGGUGGGAUGUGUUUGAGAACAAUUCAUGCAAUUGGAACCUGACUGGCUUAUGGCAAACAACAGCACUCUUUGAACAAGAUGAACUCUAUGAUGUAGAAGAGAUGUUCCAUUUGCUCCUUGAUGUCAUCAGUCUUACAGAAAGAUUAGCUCAUGGAAACAUCACGGAAGCUCUAACUGAAAUAUAUGCUUUCAUACUGAUUCAGGAAGAAAAAAUGCCAAUGUUUACUGAAGAGGAGUUCUCUAAUCAAGUAGAGAGUCUUCUGAUGUUACUGGAGACAAUGACAGAUAUGUCUGCUGAACCUGCAGAGGCCUCAGUUUGUUUUUCUGCAGCAUUCUGCUGGAGUCUCACAACAGCAACACCUCUCACUUUUGCACCUUGUGACUUAGUGCAUACCAAUUAUACUCUUAGUUACAAUGUAGUCAUUGAAGUUAUUAAGGAGCUGAAACUCAUCACUCUGGAGGACAGUUCCUCAUGCACUAUGGAAGACUUUCAGAUGGAUAUCGCUCGGAAUCUGACUUGCUUUUUUCAUCAGAUCAAAGAAUGGAACUCUAUUCUUUUGAAGUUUUCUGAGCUUCAUCAUGUAAAUGGGUCGGUUCUCAAAGAGCUGCUAGAUUUCUGGAAUGAGCUAUCCCUCUAUGCUGUGCCACUGCAGGUGAAUAAUACGUACUCAGUCAACUGUUCCUCUAUACCAAAGAGACAAGUGGCUUUACAAAUUGUAGAAACACUGGGCAGUAUGGCAGUGACAGAAAUGGAGACUGCCAAAAGUGUUCUUGAACAGCUAGAUGAUCUUUAUGGUGGUCUAAGCUGGAACAGACAUUCAAGAACAUCACUUAUAAAGACUGUUCUUACUAAUGUUAAAAAUAUGACCAGUGAAGUUUCUGGGCUCCUGGGUACAGAAGCUGUCCUUUCUUUUCUUUCUGUAAUUCAGCCUUUGAUGAUGCUGUCUUCUGUUGGAAACCAGACAUACUCAAUGAUAUUAUCAGCUUUAAAUGGAAACAGUAAUAUGUCUGAUAACUUUGGGAACUUCUGGUUUACUAUAGUUACAAGCAUAGAAGAUUUAUUGGUGAAUUUUAAUGUUAGACACUUAAUUGCAGUGAUAGACCAAGAGUUUCAGUUAUUACGGUUAGUCACUGGACAGUCCUCUUCAAUGGCUCUUGAUGUUUUAAUGCAGCAGUUUAAUACAUCAUCUGUAGCUGCUAUGUUAAGAAAUUUUGAAGACAUACAAAAGGUUGUGAACAGCUUUGUAUGUGAGUGUAACAGUAAAAAUUAUUCCAAAAUAAUACAUGCUCUAAUUCUCCUUAUGGCUAAUGAAAAUUCAUCGAAUGACCUACUGCUGGUUGUGAAAGAUGUUAUUGACUUUCUGGAGAUAUUCCAAAAUAAGUCUAUGGAAGAUUACACUAGUAUGUUGUUUGUUGAUGGUCAUGUUAGCAGAGAAAAAUUGAAUUAUACUCGUACUGCUAAUUCAGUUUUGUUCAAGAGUCUCCUUCAUAUAAUUGCUGAACUUGCUGCUAUAGAAGAAGUUCUACUUACAAACAAUAUUGAGCUUCAGGCAGUUGACUUCAUUGAUUCAUUUUUUGAUAAUGCACAGCAUAGACAAAUCUCUCUUCAGUCCCAAAACAGAACUCUGGAGUUUAUGCAAGAGAUCUUGCAAAUGAUAUUUCAGUCUACCACAGGACAUGACAGGAACAAAAUAACCUUCCUGCUAAAGGAUUUGCAUAAGGAUAUAAUGACAGAAAUGAGAGCAUCUAAAAUCUGCAAGAUUCUUCAGGAACACUUAAGCCCUCCUAGUGUCCUACUCUUGCAGAAAUUGCAGUUUAUCAUUUUGAAUGUUCUUAAAAACUUUUCAGAAGAACCAGUUGUCAUUGGCAACCUUUUCUGUGUUGUUACAAAAUGUAAAGAUGGAUUAAUGGGUCACUUACUCCUCUCUGUCAUGGAAGGAAUCAUUCUGAUUCGAGAUCACUAUCAGGAUAUUGAAAGAAUGUGGCCUGCUUUUAACAAGGGGGAUUGUGAGAGUAUGGCAUAUAUAAACCAAAAACUUUCCAAUAUUUUGGAGAGCUUCCUGAGAACCUUGCAGAAUAACAGCAAUGGCAACUGUGAAUGUCAACUAACAUUGGGGAAUGUACAGAGACAACUUCAAAUGGUGGCUGAAAAUUUGGAGCUACAGUUGUCAGAAAAUCGAGCAGCAGCAUUUCUCAGCAAUUUUAAUCUUUUGAAUGGUAUGAAAGUCAAAGAGUGUGUGCAGAAUCUCACUCAGCUGAGGCUGGACAUUGGUUCUUCUGUGAAUAUUUCUGAAGAAACUGUCAGUACCAUCUUGGAAGCCAGUAUCUCUCAUUCAAAGGUUUCUUACAGUGCCUUUGUGGUAGCUUUAACUGGAAGAUGUGAUGAAGAAUUACUUAGCCUGCUGCUAAAGCUACCUGAAAACAGUAAAACUUCCCUGGUAGUGGAAGAAUUAUGUUCUUUACCAGCACUGGACUUGUAUACCAUGUUUGUCCUGAUUAUACAGAAUUUGAACUUACGUCAUAUUUUUUACAAGAUUAAGAUACCAUCUGAGGUAGGCAAUGUACUAAACAUGCUACUGGAAGUGGUUUCUAGUGUCAGCUCUUUUCUCAAUAAAGCCCAUUAUGUCAUGGAAAACCUUCCAGUGUUCCUCCAAAGAAUUCAAAAUAUUGGUGUGCUCGACAUCUCUGCAUUGCAGCAGUUCUUGCAAGGUGGGCAGUUCAGAAGUUCAGCUGUUGGGUCCCUGGAGUCUGUAACCAAGGCAGUGUGUAGAGAAGAAUCUUCAUUUUUCAGCAAUGCAAACCUGUUCAUCGACAUGCCCAGAAUCAAGGGACUCUUGGAGGACGAUAUGGCAAAAUAUGGCAUUCCCGAAGACUCGACUCCAUUUUGCUUGAAGCUUUAUCAGGAGAUUUUGCAGUCUUCUAAUGGGGCUUUGCUAUGGACUUUCCUAAAACCUUUACUGCAUGGGAAGAUACUGUACAAUUCAAACAUCAACAUGAUUGACCUGGUGAUGAAGAAGGCUAAUUUCACUUUUAGUUUUGUGGAAAACUUAAAGACUUAUUCUGAGACAUGGCUUAGGAUGUCUGAGGCUUUUAAAAUGAGUGGAAAUGUCCUUGCAAUCUCAUGCCUGCAGGAAGCACUGCAAAACAAUUUCAUAAAGCACUUCGUAGAAAGUAAUUUGGAUAUUGACAUGGAAAAAUUCUUUAAAAAAAUGCAAGUAUAUGAAACUACGAUGAACAAGAUGCUUAACAGCUCAGCAAGUAAACAGAUUGACCUAUUGUCACAGCUUCUAGUAAAUAUAUCUUCCUGUGUGUUACUGGACCGUUUCCAGCCUUUUGACUCUGUUGAGAAAUUGGAGGAGAAGGCUCAUGAGCUCAUGCAGCAAAAUAAUUUUUUGGCUAGUAUCAUCUUUGAUAUGCCAAAGAAUAAGACACAAGAUUCUAGCAAUCUCCUGCCACGACACAUUUCAUAUAGAAUUAGAACCAGUGUUCUCUAUAGCAUGAGAACGGAUUUGAUUCAAAACCCAGCGUGGAAAUCUCAUCCCCAGAAGUUGCCAGCUGACGGAUUUAAAUACAACCACAUCUUUAUUCCUCUUCAAGACAUGGUUGAAAGGGCAAUUAUUUCAGCACAGACUGGAACAGAUACCUCAGACCCAGCCAUUCAGGUGCAAGCCAUGCCUUAUCCUUGUCAUACCAGUGAUCUAUUCUUGAACAACAUAGGGUUUUUUUUCCCGCUUAUGAUGAUGUUAACAUGGAUGGUUUCAGUUGCCAGCAUGGUUCGCAGGCUGGUUUAUGAAAGAGAAAUUCAUCUUGAAGAGUAUAUGAAGACGAUGGGUGUACAUCCAGCCAUUCAUUUCUUUGCUUGGUUUCUGGAGAAUGCAAUUGUGCUCACAAUAAGCAGCUGUGCUCUGGCUAUCAUUUUAAAAGCAAGUGGUAUCUUUGCUUAUAGCAAUGGCUUCAUCAUCUUCCUUUUUCUCCUGGACUUUGGAAUUACAGUUAUUAUGUUAAGUUAUUUUUGGGGAGUGUUUUUUAGCAGUGCCAAUAUAGCAACUCUGUGUGCCAGCCUUGUGUAUAUGAUCAGUUUUUUACCCUACAUAGUUUUAUUGGUCUUGCAGAACCAGUUGAGUUUCACCAACCAGAUUAUAAUGUGUCUUCUUUCUACAACUGCCUUUGGGCAUGGAGUAUUUUUCAUUACAUUCUUUGAGGGCCAAGAAACAGGAAUUCAGUGGAAUAAUAUGCACCAGUCAGUGGCACAAGCAGGAUACAUGAUCUUUGGAUGCCUGUGCUGGAUGAUGUUCUUCGACUCCAUUUUAUAUUCUGUAGGUGGCUGGUAUUUCAGCAAUAUUAUUCCUGGAAAAUUUGGAUUAAAGAACCGAUGGUAUUUUCCCUUUACUGUUUCCUACUGGAAGAACCUCUGUGGUGCAGAGAGGAGGAAGAGACAUUUUCUGAAUUCUAAUAUGUUUUUCUUCAAUGAAAACUUCCAAGAAAAAGACCCAGCACCUCCAAUUUGGAAAGGCCCUUGCAUCGAAGGAGCUACUAUUGGUGUCAUGCUGCUGUCUCUCACCAAAGAGCACAUGGAUGGCCAGAAGGCUGCAAUUAAAGAUCUCAGCCUCACUUUCCACAGAGGUCAGAUAACAGCACUCUUGGGACCUAAUGGAGCUGGCAAGACAACAGUUAUGUCGUUGUUGACUGGUCUGUAUCCACCCAGCUCCGGUACCAUUAUUAUUAAUGGAAAGGACAUACGUAGUGAUCUGGCUGCCAUCAGGACAGAGCUGGGUGUUUGCCCACAGUAUGAUGUCCUGUUCAACAUGCUAACCGUGCGAGAACAUCUGCUGUUUUAUGGAUCAGUGAAGGCACCUGACUGGACAAAGGAACAGUUGAAUCAGCAAGUCAGUGGAGCUCUGGAAGAUGUGGAUUUAUCCCAGCACCAGUACAAACCUGUUGGAGCUCUUUCUGGGGGAAUGAAAAGGAGGCUGUCAAUUGCUAUCUCAUUCGUUGGCAACUCAAAGACAGUUGUUCUAGAUGAGCCCACCAGUGGAGUAGAUCCAUGUUCUCGCCGUAGCAUCUGGGAUGUUCUUCUGAAGUAUAAAGCUGGUUGCACACUGAUCUUUACCACUCACCAUCUUGAUGAGGCAGAGGUGCUCAGUGAUCACAUUGCUAUCCUGCACCAUGGCCAGCUGAGGUGCUGGGGUUCUCCCUCUUAUCUGAGAGAAACAUAUGGCCAGGGACACAGUUUAACAUUGACAAAAAAGCCCUCUGUGUUUGAAAUCCAGGAUCCUAAGCACACUGUUCAGAUCACAUCUCUUGUACAGACCCACAUCCCAGAAGCUUUCUUGAAAGAGAACAGUGGGACUGAGCUGACAUAUGUGAUUCCAGAAAGGGCAGAUAAAACCUCUUUUAAAAGUCUUUUUCAGGCUUUAGAUCAAAGCCUGCAUCAUCUACAUGUGACUGGCUAUGGCAUUUCUGACACCACCUUGGAAGAGGUGUUUCUGAAGCUACUGCAGGACUCAGAGAAGAUGCACGAUGUUCCACGGACAGCACACCUGGACCAUACAAAUGGUGCUGAAUCAUCUUGGGCCUCGAGUGUGCAUGGAGCCCAUCUUUUUCUUGCACAGAUUGUUGCCCUUCUAAUGAAGAGGUUUCAGCACACUAGGCGAGACUGGAGAGGAACCCUGUCAAAUGUAUUGCUGCCUGUCCUCUUUGUUGCACUGGCAAUGACCUUGUUUAGUGUGAAGCCACUGGCUAUUGAUUACCCAUCUCUCAAGCUGACACCAAGACUUUAUGAUGAUGCAGAAUCUUUCUUUAGCACUGAAGAUGAUCUAGGGAACCUUUCCCAGAAUCUACUGAGAUAUUUCUUUGAUUGGGACCACACAUGCAUGCAUUCAAAACAAGGAAAAAAUAAUUCAUGUUGGCAGAUGGAAUCUAUGUCACCCCAGGAUUCAUGUGGAUGUGUGACUGAACAAGAGAUGUGUCUAAGUUUCAAUACCUCUGCUCCAUAUGUGAAGAAUAAGAAAGGACAUAUUUUGUAUAAUCUUUCAGGGUUUCUUGUAGAAGAAUAUUUAGUGAGGCCUUCCAACAAAGCAAGAUAUGGUGGUUGGUCUUUUGGAAGGAGAAAAGCAUUUGAACUUCAAGAUAAAAAAUUGAACACCACCAAGUCUAGGCAUCUGGCUAAGGUAUGGUACAACCAAAAAGGUUUCCAUGCACUGCCAUCCUACUUAAACGAACUCAAUAACUUCAUUUUGUGGCUGAAUUUGCCUCCUAAUGCAGAUUGGAGACAGUAUGGGAUCACACUUUACAGCCAGCCAUAUGGAGGAGCCUUGCUGGAUGAGGACAAAAUAAUGGAGAAUGUUCGUCAGUGUGGAGUAGCACUCUGUAUCAUGCUGGGUUUCUCUAUCCUUACUGCAUCCAUCGGAAGUGCCAUAGUGAAAGACAGAGUGUCUGGAGCAAAACGCCUGCAGCACAUCGCCGGCCUGGGUUACAAAACUUACUGGUUUGCUAACUUCUCCUGUGAUAUGCUGUUUUACAUGGUUCCCGUCACCCUGUGUGUUGGUGUUAUUAGUGCCUUCCAGUUAUCAGCCUUCACUUUCCGAAAGAACUUGGCAGCCACUGUUCUCCUGCUGAUACUCUUUGGAUACGCAACUUUGCCAUGGAUGUAUCUUGUAUCCCGAUUCUUCUCAAGUUCAGAUGUAGCUUUUAUUUCUUACAUCUCCUUAAAUUUUGUAUUUGGCCUGUGUACCAUGCUUGUGACUCUCUUACCUCGUUUGUUAGCUAUAAUUUCCAGAGUGCAGAGUUUUCAGAACAUCUACAGUAUCCUUAAAUGGGCGUUCAUCGUAUUCCCACAAUUCUGCUUAGGCCAGGGUUUAAUAGAACUCUCAUACAAUCAGAUCAAGUUUGACCUGACCAGCAAUUUUGGAAUAGAUUCGUAUGUGAGCCCCUUUGAGAUGAAUUUUCUGGGCUGGAUUUUUGUGGAAAUGGCCCUACAGGGAACACUACUUCUUCUUUUACGACUUUUUCUUCAUUGGGAUCUCCUCCAGAAACCAAGGGGUCAUUGUUCAUUUAACAGCAUGGUGAGCCCUUCAGAAGAUAUUGAUGUAGAAAUGGAGCGACAGCGACUCCUUGGUGGAAGAACUGGUAAUGAUGUCCUCCUUCUGUACAGCCUCAGGAAGUGUUAUGGAGGUUUCAGUAAGAAGAAUACAGCUGUGGAAAGCAUAAGCUUAGGAAUACCAAGAGGAGAGUGUUUUGGACUCCUGGGAACAAAUGGAGCUGGGAAAAGCACAACAUUUAAGAUGCUGACUGGAGAUAUCAUCCCAUCUGCAGGACGUGCUGUUAUCAGGACUCCUACAGGGUCUGAAACGGAUAUAUUGUCUGCCAGCUCUGAAGGCAUUCUCAUUGGCUAUUGUCCACAGCAAGAUGCCUUGGAUGAAUUUUUAACAGGCUGGGAGCAUCUUUAUUAUUACUGCACACUGCGUGGAAUUCCAAAACAUGAUAUCCAUAAGGUUGCAGAGGACCUUGUUAACAGGUUACACCUCAACGCCCAUGUUGACCAAAUGGUGAGAACAUACAGUGCUGGCACAAAGAGGAAGCUCUCUACUGCACUGGCUUUAGUUGGUAAACCCCAAAUACUUUUACUGGAUGAGCCCACCUCUGGGAUGGAUCCCUGCUCUAAACGCUACCUUUGGAAAACCAUCCUGAAGGAAGUUCAGGAUGGCUGUGCAGCUGUGCUGACAUCCCACAGUAUGGAAGAAUGUGAAGCCCUCUGCACACGUCUUGCUAUUAUGGUCAAUGGAAGUUUCAAGUGUCUUGGUUCUCCCCAGCACAUUAAAAACAGGUUUGGAGAUGGUUAUUCUGUCAAGGUUUGGCUUAGUAAAGAAAUAAGCUAUCAAAGAAUGAUUUUGGACUGCCUACAGCUGCAUUUUCCUGGAACACAGUUUAAGGGACAGCAUCUUAAUCUGCUCAAGUACCAUGUACCACAGAGUCAGGGAUGCUUGGCAGAGCUCUUCAGAGUGCUAGAGAAUCAUAAAGCUUUUCUACAAAUCAAACACUACUCCAUUAGCCAAACCACAUUAGAGCAGGUAUUCAUUAAUUUUGCUACGCAACAGCAAGGAGUCUCGCAUUCUUCACAAGACUCUCCUGUUGUUCAUCAUGACCGCCUGCCAGUCUAGACUUAGAACAGGAUACAGCUUCAGCAGCAUAUAUGUGUGUGUAUGUUUGUGUAUAUAUACGCACAUUUAGCAUGUAAUAACUUUUCAGCUGUUAACAGUUUGUGUAUGAGAAACCAGUAGUAGAAGCAGAGGUGAGUUUGCAUCUGUAGGCCAGAAGGAAUACUGCCAGUAAAUGCCAGUAAAAUACUUGGUAAAACUUGAAACUGGUUACUCUUGGACCAAAAAUCUGCUUUGUAGUUAACUGGAAUUUUAUAAUAUAAAGGCCUCAUUAAUGCAGCUUUGUGUAAAAGAGAAAAAAGAGUGAUUUGAAAUGUUGAAAUGUCACAGUGUAUAGUACAUUAUUUUUUUAGUGACUCUACAUUCAUUUGACUACAGUAAUUUCUUGCAUGUGCACUUAAUAUUUAACUUUUAUAUGGCAAGGCAAGAAAACCCCAUUGAUUGGUAGCAAUAGCUAGGCUAUCACCCAAUAUUUAUAUUUAAUAGCACAAAAUGAAAUUCUUUUGACUUCUGUAUUAAUUCAGUUCUGUGUUGUGACAAGUUAAAUUAGCCUUUUUAUUGUAUAAAUGAGGCGCUAUAUAAGGUUUUAUCUUAAAGAGGUUAUUAGUGUAUUAGUCUGCCUCCCAGUUAUCUUAAGUAAAUUUAGCAAGGUUCUAUAAAUCAUACUUGAGAAUGAGUGUUCCCUUAUACUUGCAGGUUGCUGCUGGAAGAAUUCUCAAGUAUCUUUUUAAUGACCUACUUCGUUUUUCUUAUCUUUUUUUUUCUUAUUUUUCCUAAAAGAAUGUCAAAAUGUUGUUUAAUGGGCAUUUUAAAAGAAAAUAAAAUGCACAUUCAGACACUGAGCAAUUAACUUUUCAAUAAAUGUAUGUUAUGAUGCUAGAUACUUCAGACAAGGCCAUAUGACAUCCUUCAGCUUAUACACACAUAGAAGUGAACAUUCAAGUCCUUGUGUAUUGAGGUGGGAGAAAAACAUUACAAAACCAUUUUGGAGUAAACCUCUGCCUCUUCCAAAGAAAGUCUUUGAGGAUCCUGUGGAAAGUAGUGGAUGCCACUUUUAUUGGGCCAUAUUGUCUGAUAUAGUUGAAAUUGUAGAAAUGGUGACUUAGAAUUGUGUUGCUGCAAUAUAACACUGGAGUGGGCAGGGGAAGUGGAAAUGUAGUUUGAGAUGGAAGAACUUUAUUUUAAAUGGAAAAUUUUGUAGUGCUGCUGCUCUAAUUCCCUGCUGUACAAUGAUGAAAUAUUAAAAAAAUUAUAUUUGUUUUUUAGGCUUUGCAAACUGACUUGCAAGACCGUUUAUUGAGGCUUGAUUUGUUGCUGUGUUUUAGACCCACUAUGCUUUUUGAAAGUCAGAAUUCAGGUUACUUAUUUCUAUAAAGGUGAAAUUAGAUCCUGGAA